AUGAAUGCAAACACGACUAUCAGUACCAACGACACCAACAAUAUGAAUACUACUGGGUUGAAUCCUGUGGGAAACGACAUUCUGCAACUGAUCAGCGGAGGCGGGCUUUCUGCACUCCAGGUCGUCGCUGCAUCUGGCGACACCUAUCCACCUCUGAAAGUGGCAGUCGUUGAAGCAUUAGCCAUCAUUGGGAUCAUUAAGAAAUUCAAGAUCAAUAAGAAAGAUUGGGCCGCUUUUUCUGCGACUCUCAUUGAGAAGAUGGCGGGAAUUGUACAGGCUAUCUAUCAAUACAACAAGAGUCAAAUCUUGUUGACGUUGCAACCCAAUUUCGAUAAUUUGAGAUGCAUUUUGGACCAUUUGAAAGAAGAAGUGAUCAAGAUCCAACAACAGAAUCCAUGCAAGAGGUUUGCCAAUUUUAGAAAGGAUCAAGAAUAUAUUGCAGAUUUCCAGGUCAAACUAAAUGCACUUCCCAACUUUCAGGUCUGUCUCAGUAUUGAGGAAGGUUCACAGGAACCAAGUAUUUCAAGUUAUAAAUAUUCAACUUGGUAUUAUUUCUUAAUUUGUACAGAUGUCAAGAGGGAUGUUCAGGAAGGUCCCAUACUGACUGAGCCCAACAAAGAUGAUAUGUCUAUUGUAAGAAGAAAUGUUGUUGAAAAGCCCAUAACUACAAAAAAUGGUACAGAGAAAACAAGUUUGAAGUUGGUUCUGGGUUCAAUAAUCAUUGCAAAGAAUCCACUUCGUAUUACUCCCUGCUACAAAAAGUGA